AUGACGGGGAACGGCAAGAAGAAGAAACAGGUGCGCUUUGCACGGGCGGAUGGCGACGAGGCCGGGGACGAGGAGGAAGAGGACACGCUGUUCGAGAAGCGUCCGGCCGCCAGGCUGAGAGCCGAGGAGCUGGAGGAUGAGGGGAGAAGGAGGGGAGCCGAGGACGAGGUGCGCCUGGUGUCCGGAGAGCAGCAAUGUCGGGGCCUGCGCUGCUGUAUCACCACAGUCAUGUGUGCUGCCUUCCUGGGGCUGGGAAUGGCCAUUUCUGUCUUGGGGCCAACUUUCCCUGAUCUGGCUGCUAAUGUAGACAGCACCGUAGGAAACAUUUCCUACAUUUUUGUGGGACGCUCCUUAGGAUAUUUUGGAGGCUCCAUCUUGGGAGGUGUCCUCUUUGACCGUAUGAAUCAACACUUGCUGCUGGGAUUAUCCAUGCUAGCAACCUGUGCAGGCCUUUUAGUUUUGCCUUGGUGUAAGAAGGCUAUUCUUCUGACUGGAGUGAUGUCUGUUGUGGGCAUAUCCAUGGGAUUCUUAGAUACUGGUGGAAAUGUUGUCAUUCUGAACACUUGGGGAGAUGAAGCUGGACCCCAUGUUCAGGCACUGCACUUCAGUUUUGCUCUGGGGGCUCUUCUGGCACCAAUCUUGGCAAAAAUAAUUCCAGAAAUUCUGCCCUUUGAUCAGAUCCAUAAAGCAUCACAAGAAAUGCUAAAUAUGUCUCUUGAAAUUAAGAAGUCAAUGCUCUCCUAUAUUGUUAUUGCCACAUACAUUUUGCUAGUCUCUAUAUUUUUAUUUAUCUUGUACUGUAAAAGUCAGCCCAAUCGAUCAGCCAGUAAGGGUUCAGAAGAGAAAGUAAGGACAGCCAAGUAUCACAACGCUCUCAUCUUUCUUCUGUGUUUGUUUUUUUUUUUCUAUGUUGGAGCAGAAGUUGCCUAUGGUUCAUACAUAUUUACCUACGCAAUCACUAUGGCAGAGAUGGAUCAUGAUAAGGCUGCAGGACUGAACUCUGUAUUUUGGGGUGUGUUUGCUACAGUUCGAGGCUUGGCUAUCUGCUUUGCAACAUGUUUGUAUCCUGGCACAAUGCUGCUUCUUAGUGUUAUUGGCUGUACUGUUUCAUCUCUAUAUUUAAUGAUCUUUUAUAAAAAACACAUAGUCCUUUGGAUUGGAAGUGCACUGUAUGGGGCAUCAAUGGCUACUACCUUUCCCAGUGGAUUCUCUUGGGCACAGCAGUACACGACUAUAGGAGGCAAGUCGGCUUCCUUAUUUGUGGUUGGAGCAGCACUUGGAGAAAUGGCAAUUCCUGCCUCUGUAGGAUACCUUCAGGGACUGUUGCCUACGCUUCCAGUACUUAUGUACACCAUCUUGGCAUCUUCUGCACUGACCGCUGUCUUGUUUCCAGUCAUGUACAAACUGGCCACUUCUACGCAGGACAAGCUACGUUGGGAUGGAGUUGAAAGUGAAGACCGAAGGGCUUUACUUUCAAGUUCUGGCCUAGAGGAAGAAGAGGAGGAGGAUGCUCAGCAAUGGAAUGAUGCAGAUUUUGAAGCCAUUGAAAUGAAUGACCGAAUUAAGAAUUCCAUCACUGUGAUACCAGAGGAUACAUCAGAGGUAACUUCCACUUCCAACAGCAACAGCCAGACUUUCUCCAAGAAUGGGACACUUGGUGAUCAGGUGGUUAACAUAUCACCUUUAAAAAAGCUGUUGAAUGUGGACAGGGAAAAAAAUGAUUAA